AUGUCGACAUCCGACAUACUGAACCCCAUUUCACUUGAUGAAAUAAGUUUAUGGAACAACGAUAUAGUCCAGCAGGAAACAUUACCGGAUUCUAUUGCUUGUCAUACCCAAGAAGAUGAAUUAAAUGAGGUUCCUAUGGUUGGAAUGAUUUUUGAAACAACCGACAAGGUUAAAGAGUUUUACAAGCAAUACGCCAUAAGAUGUGGAUUUGGUGUCCGUGUGAGAAGUUCAAGUAAAGGAGAAGACAAUGAAUUAUGCUUUGUCAAAUUGGUCUGUAGCCGUGAAGGAAACUACGUGUCCACCAUCCCUCCGGAAUUGAAAAGCCAACCAACAAAAAUCAAGAAUUGUGGUGCAAGGAUAACAGCAGUUAAAAAGGGAGGUCAGUGGCACAUAAAGAAUGUCAUACUUGAUCACAAUCAUGACCUAAGCUCUAUGAAGUCAAGAAUAAUUCGCGGCAACAAAAAAUUGAACAUGCAAGUCAAGCAAACACUCGAUAUGAAUGAUGAAGCAGGUGUGCGCAUUAACAAAAGCUUCCAAUCACUGGUUUGUGAUGUUGGCGGAUUUGAGAACCUUCCUUUUGUCGAGCGUGACGUUAGAAAUUAUAUCGGAUGA